GUUACGAUUAUCUCACCACCACCAGCAUCUCAAUCCUCCUUUGAUCACAACUCCAAAUACACACCCUAAUCAUUUCCCAUGUCUGCAGCCAAAGAGAGAAAAAUAAGUCAAACAGUAAUCAUUUUAAGAUCAUGGCCAACGCCCUACCUAAAUUGGUACCACGGUCUCAUCCAUCAGAUCGAGCUACAAGUCCACCUCCAUCAACACCACAUUUCCCAGAGCCAGAGCCUGUAGCGUCAGAUCACGCAUACAUCAUCCCCAUCCGACGAAUAUUAUCUCCAGACGAUCAUGGCAAAUUCCAGGCAUCUCCGACAUAUACCCUCCUCACUGGCUUCGUGUUUACUACCUCAGAUGCCGUUCGAGGCGUACCUAUCUCUGCUCUAAAAGCAGAAAGUCUCUCACCAGCUUUGUCAUCGAUAUUACAGGUGCUAGAUUCUGUCCACGAAUUGGUCAAGUCGAACCCUCCAGUCGAUACAGCAGGCUCAAGAUUCGGAAACCCUGCUUUCCCCGUAUUCUGCUCUGCUCUAUCAUCGUCUCUCAGUCCUCUUCAUGAAUCUAUCCCUGGCCUCCCCUCCGCUGCAAUCCCGGAGGUCUCAACGUACCUGCUGCACUCUUUCGGCAGCGCGGAACGAAUCGACUACGGUUCUGGCCAUGAACUGAAUUUUUGGCUCUGGUUGCUGUGCCUCAGCAAGCUCGGCGUAGUACCAUCCGACAAGGAAACCUUGCAGCAGCUAGCGCUCCGAAUCUUCCCUCAGUACCUCAACGUCGUUCGAAUCAUCCAGCUGUCUUAUUAUCUCGAACCCGCAGGCUCUCAUGGCGUCUGGGGACUUGACGAUUACCAGUUCCUCCCGUUCCUCUUCGGCGCCUCGCAGCUCAUCGGGCACAGCUACAUCAGGCCCAAGUCGGUUCACCAGCAGCUUGUACUUGAAGAGUGUGCGAAGGACUACCUCUAUCUGGACCAGAUCGCUUUCGUGAAUAGCACGAAGAAUGUCGAAGGGCUACGGUGGCAUUCGCCUAUGCUGGACGACAUUUCAGCGGCAAAGAGCUGGGAGAAGAUCGAAGGUGGCAUGAGGAAGAUGUUCGUCCGUGAAGUCCUUGGGAAGCUGCCCGUGAUGCAGCAUUUCUUGUUUGGCUCGUUGAUCCCGGCUGUGGAGGGAAUGACGCCUGCAGAGAGUGAAGGGGGUUCCGGCAGUGCGGAGCAUCAUCACGAUCAUGAGCAUACGCAUGAACAGGGAGAGAACUCGUGGGGCGAUUGCUGUGGGAUCAAAGUGCCUGGCAGCGUUGGUGCGAUGCAGGAGGCGAGGAAGCAGGCUGGAGCUCAGUUGAGACGCAUACCAUUUGAUUGACUGGAAUCACUAUUGUGCUAUGCUCCAGGAGAAAAGCAGGCUGGUUAUAUCAGGGAGAAAGAAUGGAAACAUGUUCAAUACUGCCUGGAAAGGCUGGGAUGUUGCAGCUGUGCGUUCAUUCGUUCCUUAGAGACUCCAAAUUGACUUCACAGCACCUUUAACUAUAGGUAUGAAAAUAUCUGGGUCA